AUGGAUGUGCUGGUCUUUGGUGAUCAAACUCAUGAGGCAAUCGCUGCCUACAUCCAUGAUCUCGUUUUUGUCCGAAAAAACCCACCCCUGGUAGCGUGCUUUCUAUCUUCUGUGAGCCGCAUGCUGAGAAAAUCUAUUGGGACUCUGCCUCUUUUACAACGAGAAAAGCUACCUGGUUUUGCAAAUCUGGAGGAGUUCAUUAAUUCAUACAUCUCAAAAGGGUGCAUAAGUCCAACUGUUGAGACAACCAUUCUGUGUGUUGCACAGCUGGCGGAUUAUAUCACCUAUGUUGAGAGUGGCAAUGAAAAUGCGGCUCGGAGAACCGCCAUUAUCGCAGCCUCCUCAGGAUUAUUUGCAGGUGCGACGGCAUCAGUUCUCCCGAAAGGGAUGGCGGGUGUCGCACUUGCUGUCCGUGCUGUUGAAUUGGCAUUUCGUGUGUCUCUAUAUGUUGAGAGACUGGCAGAUCGUCUGGAACCUAAAACCAAAGAGUCCAAUUCAGCCAAUUGGUCUCUCUACGUUUACGGACUUUCAGCGACAGAAGCUCAAUCGAAGAUCGAUAAUUUGAUUACAGAGCAAGGUGCAUUCUCGGAGUUGAAAAAACCUUAUCUAAGUGCUAUUUGGCCUGGCGGUUUGACCAUCUCCGGCCCUCCAAGUACAUUGCAUGAAGUAAGGAAUAAUUGGCGUUCUACAACAAUUGAAUCGAUAAUACCCGCUCGUAUCCUCGUGCCAUAUCACGCUUCACAUCUCCAUCCUGAUGCUAAUUUCGGUCAAAUCAUUGACUGGGAGAUCUUUCGCGAAUGCGAGCCUCUCGUAUCUGAGUCGCCAAAACUGAUCUUUUCCUCACUGGAGAGGAAUCAUUACAGCGCACUACCUUUGCCUGAUCUCUACAAGGCAAUUGUUACAGAUAUACUUGCGUCUUGUCAAGACUUUUCGUCAUUAAUAGAUAACUGUCAUCGUGAGGUUUCGCUUUAUGAAGAUGACACACGGCUAGUUGCUCUUGGGCCAGUCGACGAAACAAACCCGCUGUUUGCCAAGCUCGGUGGGCUCCAGCUCGGACAAAAGAUCCCAUUUUUUAACUGGAAACAAUCUUCUCCAGAGAUGAUUUCCGAAUGUGGAUCAUCAAAGAAGGAUGGAAUUGCUAUUGUCGGGAUGUCCGGUAGAUUUCCCGGAGCACAGGAUUUAGACGAAUUCUGGAAGGUGCUUUAUGACGGACUUGAUAUGCACAGAGAAGUCCCACCGGAUAGGUUUGAUGCGCAAAUUUAUUACGAUCCUUCAGGCAAAGGAAGAAAUAAAAGCCAUACCCCUUACGGGUGUUUUGUCGACCAUGCAGGGCUCUUCGAUCCUCGAUUUUUCAACAUGUCGCCUCGCGAGGCCACCCAGACUGACCCCAUGCAACGGCUCUCUCUGCUAACCGCCUAUGAGGCCCUUGAGAUGUCUGGAUAUGUACCGAAUCGAACCCCGUCCACGCAGCUUGACCGAAUUGGAACAUUUUAUGGUCAGACUAGCGAUGACUGGCGUGAAAUCAACGAGGCUCAAGAUAUUGACACAUACUUUAUCACUGGUGGUGUCAGAGCCUUUGGUCCAGGUCGUAUCAAUUAUCAUUUUGGUUUCAGCGGUCCCAGUUUCAGUAUAGACACUGCCUGCUCCUCCAGCAUGGCUGCCAUACAUGCCGCUUGUAAUUCCCUCUGGCUUGGCGAUUGUGAUACGGCAAUUGCGGGUGGUGUGAACAUCAUGACAAAUCCAGACAUCUUUGCUGGACUGAGUAAGGGUCAAUUUUUGUCCAAAGUUGGGCCUUGUCAAACUUUCGACAAUGAUGCAGAUGGGUACUGUCGUGGUGAUGCUGUGGGCUCUCUUAUCUUGAAGAGAGUCUCUGACGCCGAGGCUGAUAAUGACAAUAUUCUCGGUGUAAUCAUGUCAGCUGCAACAAAUCACUCGGCAGAUGCGAUCUCCAUCACACAUCCACAUGCAGGCACUCAGGAAAUUCUCUAUCGACGUGUUCUAUCACAAGCCGGUGUUGAUCCUCAAGAAAUCUCAUACGUUGAGAUGCAUGGGACCGGCACACAAGCAGGAGACGACACAGAGAUGCGUUCUGUCUCAAAUAUCUUCUCGCCGGCGGCAUCUCCACGAAGAAAAGACAAAAAGGUGUAUGUGGGCUCAGUCAAGGCAAAUGUCGGCCAUGGUGAAGCUUCAUCUGGUGUGACUGCAGUGAUCAAGGCACUUCUCAUGAUGCGAAAUAAUCUCAUUCCACCUCAUGUUGGGAUCAAGCGCGAAAUCAACAGAGGCUUCCCUGAUCUUGGUGCCAGAAAUAUUCACAUCGCCACGCAGCCCGCAAAUUUUCCUCGGGUUCUAUCAGAACCCAGAAAGAUCUUUGUCAACAACUUCAGUGCGGCUGGUGGAAACACGGCAAUUGUUUUGCAGGAUGGGACUCCAAGGAGUCUCAAGGGGUCUGACCCACGCGAGACUCAUGUUGUGGCAGUUUCUGCUCGGGCUCUUUCUUCGCUUAAAGCAAACUUGAAUAGCAUUGCCGAAUAUCUAUCUUCGCACCCAAAUGUUGCAUUGCCUAGUUUAUCCUACACGACAACGGCUCGCAGGAUUCAGCACAAUUAUCGAUUUUCCGUGGCUGCAACGAAUAUCUCGGCAGUUCGAGAUGCUUUAAAGAAAGCAGUACAGACCGAGAUAUUACCUGUGCCAUCCCCGCCAAAAGUUGUGUUCACUUUUACCGGUCAAGGCUCAAUGUAUACCGGUCUGGCGGCAGAUCUUUUUCAGACAUGCACAACAUACAGAGAAAGUGUCCUUGAAUUUGACUCGGUUGCCACCUCACUAGGCUUUCCCAGUAUUCGAAACCUGGUAGACGGUACUGAAGAUCGACCCAUAGCUACUAUACCCCCAGUGUCUCUUCAGGUUGCCCAAAUAUCCAUCCAGAUGGCACUAACCCGCAUGUGGCAAUCAUUCGGCAUUCGCCCUGAUGUGAUUAUAGGGCAUAGCUUGGGUGAAUAUGCCGCACUCUUUGCAUCUGCCAUCCUCUCUGCCAGUGAUGUUAUCUACCUUGUUGGCUCUCGAGCCAUGCUAUUGGAGACAAACUGCAUCGUCGGAAGUCAUGCCAUGUUGGCUGUUCAGGGAGAUAUGUCUUCUUGGCAGUACCUGGUUUCUGAAAAUCAUCUAGAGAUUGCAUGUAUCAACAGUAAGCUCGAGGUUGUUCUCAGCGGCCGGACCACGAAUAUCGAUGCUAUGCAAUCCUCUCUUCAGGAGCGCGGAAUACGAGCAACUCGGCUAAAGGUGCCAUAUGCAUUCCACAGUUCUCAAAUUGACUCUAUUCUAUCUCCGUUUCUGCAAAUUUGCUCUGGGGUGACAUUCAAUGCUCCAGGAUGUGAGUUAUUGUCUCCGUUGCUUGGGAGAUCACUGGAUCGGAACGUGAUAGAUGGUGAAUACCUGUGCCGACAUGCACGGGAGACCGUCAACUUCUAUGGAGCUCUCGAGACAGCCAUGUCUUCCAAGAUUAUCGAUGAAGACUCGGUUUUCAUCGAGGUUGGUCCCCAUCCUAUCUGUAAUUCAUUUGUACGAUCCAUAAUUGGAAGUGGGGUGACAACAUGCCCUUCACUCCAGCGCAACAGCAAGUCUUGGGAGACUUUUGCUUCUGCCACAAGUCUGCUAAGCAACAAAGGUGUUCAUAUUAAUUGGGGAGAGUAUCACCGAGACUUUGAAGGGUCACUCGAGCUCCUUGAGCUUCCCGCCUACAAAUGGGCGCUUUCCAACUACUGGAUUGAUUAUAAGAAUGACUGGUGCCUGACCAAAGGAAUGGUCACGGAGGUCCCAACGACGGUACAAGGCCCGCCGCCAUUAUCAACUACCUCUGUUCAGACUCUAGUGAAAGAGCAGUUUACCAACACCUACAGUCUUGUAGAGAUAGAAACGGACAUAUCGCGUCCCGACCUAAGAGCAGUAUUGUCGGGGCAUCUGGUGAAUAACGUGGCGCUUUGCCCUUCCUCUCUCUAUGGAGAUAUAGGAAUAUCAAUCGGAGAGUACAUGUACCGAAACAUGUUCCCUGAAUUGAGCCACGAGGAUGUUCCUUGCAUCAAUGUUCGGAGUAUGGCUGUUCCCAAAACCCUGAUCGGCAAAGACUCCGAGCCGCAUCCCGUCAAGAUAGUCGCAGAAGCCAAGGACUCGAAAGAAUGUAUCAAGUUCUCGAUAUCCUCUCACCAAGGUGAACAUGCUUCUUUCACUGUUGACUUCGGUCGUGGAUCAGAAUGGAUGGAAGAGUGGAAUAGAACAGGUCAUCUUGUGGAAUCUCGCAUCGAAGCGCUUCGAAAGCAGAGCGAAGAGGAAAGUGUGCAUGUUUUACGCCAAGAAAUGGCAUAUAAGCUGUUCUCAUCGUUCGUCGAUUAUAGCAAGACUUUCCAGGGUAUCAAGAAGGUAUAUCUCAACCCCGACGCUUGGGAGGCAACGGCAGACGUUGUGCUGGAGAACCCAAACCCAGACCAGAAAUUCGUUGUUCCUCCAUAUUGGAUCGAUAGUAUAGGGCAUCUCUCUGGCUUUAUACUAAAUGUUCAAACCAAUGAGGAUGCUAAGAAGAAUGUGUUCGUCUCACAUGGUUGGGAAUCGCUACGACUAGCACGACCUCUUGUUCCCGGCCGCACGUAUCGCACGUACGUUCGAAUGAUAGAGAAACCAGGCUCUAACAUCGUCUCUGGCGAUGUCUAUUGCCUUGAGAAGUCAACAGUCAUCGCCGUGUUUGGUGGUGUCACAUUCAUGCGCAUCCCGAGGGCUGUUCUCGAUCAGGUCCUCCCUAAGCCACGACCUGGUACAUCCCGAUCUAGGAUUGAGUCAGGGCAUGAUGUCCAACGCCAACACGAGGAACAGAGAGCUGUUGUCAAAAUUUCAAAAACAGACGCUGUACAAGGCUCUUCUUCGAAUCCGCGGCCGCCUAAUGUUUUAGUCUCUCAAGUUCUCACCAUCGUGGCCGAGGAAUGUGGGGUUGACCAAACCGAACUGGCAGAUCCAAACAGCUUCGCAGACCUGGGGGUUGAUUCGCUCAUGCAACUUGCCAUCAGUUCUCGGAUGCGUGAAGAGCUUGAGUUGGAAGUGUCCUCUUCUUUGUUCAUAGAUCAUCCGACCGUUCGGGAGCUCAAACUAUUUCUACGAAGUCUUGAGCCCGAUGAUAGCUACGAGAAUGAUGCCAGUGAUCAAUCAUCGACUUCACCUUCAGAGGCUUCAGAAGCCAACGAUAACGCUUCGAGUGCUACCAGCGAUAUAGUCAUCACUCCAUUGUCUUCAGACGGCAUUCAUCCAUUAGGGACUGUCCCCGUGCUGCAUGACGCCCAUGCAAAGCCAGACUCUGACCUAUCUUCGGCUCCCACUGUUCAACCAUUGACAUUGCCGCCACUCAUGCCGCAUAGGAAAUCUACAUCUUUCCUUCUGCAGGGCAAUGCUAAGACUGCCACGACAAGACUUUUUCUUAUUCCGGACGGCGGUGGCUCAGCAGCUUCGUAUACCCAUAUUCCGGACUUAUCUCCCGACAUUGUUGUUUACGGUCUCAAUUCGCCAUUCAUGACCACACCGCAAGAAUUCACGUGCGGGGUUACUGGGAUAGCGCGGUAUUACAUCGAGGAGAUUCGGCGGCGCCAACCAAUAGGGCCCUAUAAUGUCGGGGGCUGGUCAGCUGGCGGUGUAAUAGCAUUCGAAAGCUCUCAGCAGCUCAUUCGCGCGGGAGAAAAGGUCGAUCGACUAAUUCUGAUUGAUGCCCCAUGUCCCUUGACCAUCGAACCUCUUCCGUUGUCGCUUCAUCGGUGGUUCAACACUCUCGGGCUGCUAGGUGACGGGGACCCCACAAAAAUCCCCGCCUGGUUAUUGCCUCACUUUCAGGCUUCGAUCAACGCACUGUCGACCUACAAUGCUCGCACGAUCGACCCUGCAACGGCGCCCACGACCUACGUAAUCUGGUGCGAACACGGGGUCUGCAAGGAACCAACUGACCCCCGGCCCGACCCCUAUCCCUACGGCCAUGCCCAGUUCCUGUUGGAAAACAAGCAAGACUUGGGGCCCCAGCUGUGGGAAGCAAUGGUGGGAAUGACAAAUAUUAGACUUGCACACAUCCCUGGAAAUCACUUUACGAUGAUGAGGGCACCAUUCGCCCGAGGCUUGGGUGACAAGAUGAGAGAAGCAUUUCUUUGA